UACAUUCUAUUCGGUUGCGUUCAUCGUGGAAGCCAUUACCCUCAUCCGCGCUGGUCCGCGCUAAAGCAUCGUGCCAUAUUCCCACAAGCAUUUAAAAACUACCUUCGAUUUUGUAGUUAUAAGUGAAAUAUUAUGCGAGUGAAAAACGAAAUGGACGACGACGAAAAGGGAAAACUGUUCGUUGGUGGUUUGUCGUGGGAAACAACCCAAGAAAAUUUGCAGCGUUAUUUUAGCCGAUAUGGCGAGGUUAUUGAUUGUGUUGUAAUGAAGAAUAGCGAAUCUGGUCGCAGUCGUGGCUUUGGAUUUGUUACAUUCAGCGAUCCUGCUAAUGUUUCCUUAGUAUUGCAAAAUGGACCGCAUACACUUGAUGGACGAACUAUUGAUCCGAAACCAUGCAAUCCACGCACUUUGCAAAAACCAAAACGCAGUGGAGGAUUUCCUAAAGUGUUUCUCGGUGGUUUACCAAGUAACGUUACUGAAACAGAUUUAAGAUCUUUCUUCACUCGCUUCGGCAAGGUCAUGGAAGUUGUCAUCAUGUACGAUCAAGAGAAAAAGAAAUCAAGGGGAUUUGGAUUUCUCAGCUUUGAAGAUAAGGAUUCUGUUGAACGUUGCGUUGCUGAGCAUUUCGUCAAUCUGAAUGGAAAACAGGUUGAGAUUAAACAAGCUGAACCACGAGACUCGUCCAGCAAGAUGAAUGACGGUCAUCAAGGACAAUGGGGUCCACCGCAACAAGGUGGACCGCCAAUGGGCAUGGCUGGGAAUAUGGGACCCAUGGGUGGACCUAAUGGACAAAUGGGAGGACCAAUGAUGGGUGGACCAAUGGGUCCACCAGGCAACAUGAUGCAACAAUAUCAAGGUUGGGGAACAAGUCCUCAAGCUGGUGGUUAUGCUGGUUAUAGUACUCAGUACAACACUCAAGGUUGGGGAGCUCCACCUGGACCACCUCAACAACAGCAAAUGCCGCCACCGCCUCCUCAAUGGGGCAGUAGCUACAAUGUACAACCAACAGCUGCUACACAAGGUUAUGGAAAUUAUGGUGGGCCGGCGGCGGCCGCUUCAGGGGGCUACGGGCCCACAGCGGGUACCGGCGGGGCUGCUGGGGGCGGGCCUGGAGGCUCCUGGAAUUCCUGGAGUAUGCCUCAAAAUGGGCCACCUCCAGGAUCUCAGCCUCCACCCCAGCCCCAUCAGCCCAAUUCCUCGCAGCCCAACUCCAACUCGAACCCCUCUGGCCCGCAGGGUGAUAUGUACUCGAGACAAACAACAGGAUCAGGAGCUCCUGGUUCAAGUAGCAGUUCAGCUAAGACUCCGGAUUACAGUGGGUAUUCCGGUUAUGGAAGUUAUGCGGAAACAAGUUAUCCACAACGUUCUUAUCAAGGCGGAGAAAGCAACCAAGGACCUGUAUUAACGACACCACAACAACCAACGAAAUCAACAGUUCCUGCAGGAAAUGGUGAUUCACAAACUGGAUUUGGACCCAAAAGAGGUCAAAUGGCAUCGGCAACAUCCAACAAUUAUCAUCCUUAUCGAAGAUAGAAAAAGUUUUUUUUUUUCACAAAACACAUCCAUGACAAAAAAUGUAUUAUUUUUCUUUUUUAUUAUUGCAUGGAUCAUUUUGAGUAAGAAAAAAAAAUUCCCAAACUUUUUUUACUUUUUUACGCGGGGAAAAAAAAUGGAAAAAAACCCAUAAAGAAAUUACGAAUUUUUUACUUUUAUGUGAAAAAAGAAAUUUCAAACUUUUUUUUACUUUCAACGGAUAAAAUACUUUUUUUUAAAAAAAAACCGUUUCUAUAAAAUUUUUGAGAGGGAGAGAAAAAAAUGUUGAUCAUUUCAAUUUUAUUAUUGUUAAUGAAAAAAAAAAGGUAUUUUCUUUUAAUAAUAAUUUGAUUAUUAUAUAUAUUAAUAUUAAUAAUAAUUUUUCUUCAACUCGUUAUUGUUUCUCAUUAAAAAAAAAAAAAAAAUCAAAACGAUCCAUAUAGACACGAUUUAUUAAUAACGAAAUAUUUCAACUUUAUGAAGAAAAAUACCAACUUUCAAAAGUAUAAACAUGAACAAAUUUCUGGACUAAUUUUUGUAAUAAUAAUGAUAAUUAAUAUUAAUUGUUAUUAUUUAAUGACUAUUAUAAACGAAUAAUAAAGAUAAAAUGUA